CUUUCGCUCUCCCUAAAUGCACGUUUCCGGAAUCCUGGAGCUCGAAGAAGACGCGCGGCGGCCUGAAGGAACCGGGAGGCGACGAGUGGCGUGCGGGAUCGGCUUCUCAUCGUAGUAAACCUGCGGACUAGGGGGGCGGAGUACCAAUCGCGCCGCGGCUUAUUCUGGGGUCCCACCCGUUUUCAUUUUUGACUGUUGGGAGAUAUUAAAAAGCACUUUAUCUGAGCCGUGCACGACGUCCUCCGCGUGCCCGCCGCCCGACCAGAUAACAACACGUUAACGCGGGUUAGCUUGUAGAUCGGAGAGCUAGUCGGCUAGCCGCCAUGUCAGGGAGCGUUGUGCGAGGACCCGCGGGGAACAACGACUGCCGGAUCUACGUGGGGAACCUCCCGCCUGACAUUCGCACUAAGGACGUGGAGGACGUGUUCUACAAAUACGGAGCGAUAAGGGACAUCGACCUGAAGAACCGGAGAGGAGGACCCCCGUUCGCCUUUAUUGAAUUCGAAGACCCCAGGGACGCAGACGACGCAGUUUACGGACGCGACGGCUAUGAUUACGAUGGUUACAGACUCCGCGUUGAGUUCCCCCGGAGCGGAAGGGGGUCGGGGAGAGGUGGGGGCGGCGGCGGAGGAGGAUUCGGCGGUGGUGAUGGAGGAAGAGGAGGAGGAGGAGGAGGAGGAGGUGGUGGCGGCGGCGGUGGCGGCAUCGGUGCUCCAAGGGGCAGAUACGGGCCUCCAUCCAGGCGCUCCGAAUACAGAGUCAUUGUCUCCGGUCUACCCCAGAGCGGCAGCUGGCAGGACCUGAAGGACCACAUGCGCGAGGCGGGAGACGUGUGCUACGCCGACGUCUUCAGGGACGGCACCGGCGUGGUCGAGUUUGUGCGCAAGGAAGACAUGACGUACGCCGUGAGAAAACUGGACAACACCAAAUUCCGCUCGCACGAGGGAGAGACCGCGUACAUUCGCGUGAAAGUCGACGGCCCCCGGAGCCCGAGCUACGGCCGCUCCCGGUCCCGGAGCCGCGGCAGCCGCAGCAGGAGCCCCACCAGCCGCAGCGCCACCCGCAGCCGCAGCAACUCCCGAACCCGUGGCCGAGGAUCGCCGCGCUACUCCCCCCGGCACAGCCGCUCCCGCUCCCGCUCCUAAAUCUUUUCCAAGUGUUUUGGCUUUUUUUUCUUUUUUUUUGUUCUUCUGCUACCCAAUCUGAACGCCCUAUGUCCCCCCCUGUACCCCCUUCUCUCUCGCUCUCCCUCCUCUCUCUCUCCCCCCCCUGCUGUUUUACCCCUUGUCGGUUUUUUCCAGAUGUCAACCGUUUUUUAAGUUGUUUUGCAUUUCACGUCUCGAUGUAUUUGGAUGUAGGUAUCUCCACCUACUGCUCUGUCCAUCUGUUUUUGCCCCCCCCUCCCCCCUUUUGUGUUUUUAGUUAAUUUUCGUCUUCUCAGAAUUUGCAACGUUAAACUGUGCUGUGAUCGGGUUCAAAAAGGUUGAGUAACUUGCCCUCAACUUUUUUGAAAAAGUUGGAAAGUUGCCUUUUUUAUUUUUUUAUUAUGUGGGGGGAGGGGGGGGGGGGGGUGAUCUGGACGGAGGGAUUCACUCUGCUUUAACUGUAUUUUACCCUUGUGUCUUCCUUUAGACAUCUGAAGAUAAGGAUUAAACAAUGAUUUGGAAUAAAACCAGUGUGGAGCACAUGUCAUUUGUAUGGUCAGGAUAGGACCUCUAUUGAGGAGCAGGAGCAGUCAGGUGGAGCCGAUGGUACGCUCCCUAUUCCCUACUUUGAGGUUUUCCCAGGUGUCUGUAUGGUGCUGAAGCUCAAUGUGCUGUGCAUUGCUUUUUUGUUUUUCCUUAAAGGCUGCCCUAGUCAUAGGCCAGGUUGUACUAACCUGUGUCAUUUUUCCGACCUUGUAAGCUUUUUAUGGUCACAUGUAAUCUAAAUUGUUCCGUUUUUUUGGUUUCUUCACCCCUGGGAGAGUUAAAUCCCUUUUUAUAGUUAGUUUCAUCAAUUUGAGUUACAUGGUGCUCAUUGGCGUUUUCCUCAAACAAUGUGUAGUCAUGAGUGAUCAUAAAAAAAAAAAUCUGGAUUAGGCCCAGCUCUGACAUUUAUUCUAACGGUUUCCUCUGAUUUUCUUCCUGGUAUUUCAAGGUUUUGAUUGGAGGAGUGGAUCCCAAUCCUUGCCGCUGGAUGAGUGGAUCGAUUAGGGAAGGGAUAGGCAAGGAUGGAUGCUUGGAACAGGAUUCGUUCUCCAGGAAUCAAAUGAGUUAAGAACUAAUUAUGGAGUCCCAGAGCAACUUUUUUUUUUUAAUAGCCUAUCUUAAUUUUUUUUUAUCGACACGGCUUUAUUUACAAGGAAACGAAACAGAGGACCAGGAGGUUGGAUCACAGGAUGGAAUCGUAGAUGCCUGGUAUGAGGGAUAUCAAAUUGGGUGGUUUUGGGAUGUCAUUUGGGUAGUAGUUUGUAUCUUUGCCUAAUUUUUCUUUUCUCUUAGCAUUUUCAAUAAAAACCUUUAAAAUGUGAA